CGACAUCUCGUCCUCUUCCUCUCGAUUUCGUCGUCCUCCUCCUGUCUUCUUCCUCUCGUUCGUUAUAAUUGGAGAUCUCCAAGGAGCGAAAGCCCCCAUUUUACUCUCCGAUCGGCCAUGGCGCCGCGGCUGUUCGCGUGCUUCGGCCGUGGCCGCGGACGGGCGACCUCCUCGUCCGAAUCACCGGAAGCGAACGCGACGGUGGACCAGAAUGUGGAGGAGCAGCGGCGGAUGGGCCCCGUGCUGGUGGAGCUGUUCUCGUCGCAGGGGUGCGGAACCUCCCCAGAGGCCGAGGCGGUGGCCAUGCAGCUGGGCCGCGGGGAGCUCGUGGGCGACCUACCGCCGGUGGCGGUGUUGGGGUUCCACGUGGAGUACUGGGACUACCGGGGGUGGAAGGACCCCUUCGGCUCCAGCAUUUGGACCGUGCGCCAGAAGGCCUACGUCGACGCGUUGCACCUCGACACCCUGUACACUCCGCAGGUGGUGGUCAGCGGCCGCGCCCAGUGCGUCGGCACCGACCUCGACGCCAUUUCGGCCGCCCUCCAAUCCGUCCCCAGGUUCCCCUCACCCACCAUGCAGGCGACGUUCCAAAAGCCAGCGCCCGACACACUGCAGGUGUCCUUCACAGGGGCGUUGCGGAGCAAGGUGGUCGGACGCGCCGACGUGAUGGUAGCACUCUACGAGAGCGGCCUCGUCACCGAGUGCGACAAGGGUGAGAACAAGGGCCGCGUUCUCACCAAUAACUACGUAGUCCGACGUCUCGAGAAGCUCGUUUCCGUCAAGGGCAUCUCGCCAAAUAAGAACCUCUCUGCUUCUCUCCAGUUCACCCUCUGGGAUGGCUUCAACUCUGCAACAUGCGGCCUCCUCCUCUUCGUUCAGAAUGCCUCCCUCCAAACUUUUGGCGUGCAACAGUUCCAAAUCCCAGAAGACACCCUCUGAUAUAUAUAUAUAUAUAUAUAUCCGUUCCUUGUUGAUCCAUGCCUUGUCGAUCCAUGUAGUCAUGUAGUAAGUGAAGACCAUGACCAUUCCUCGAAUAAAAAGCUCGAUGUUUGUGUUGUGUUAGGAUGACAUUGACUGCAGGUCA